UUGUGACACGUCAGAUUUCCGACAGAAAAUUGCGGAAGCAAUACGUGGAUAAACUGGUUUAUGUUAUCAGCGUUUCAUCACACCUGUCGAGGUUUGCUUAUGAGGAUUCCCUGGUCCUCUUCCUGGUAAUCGAAGUAAAGCAACAGAGGAAAUGUCUUUGGAAGGAAGUAUGUAUGUGUGUCAUGUAACCUGCCUCUGAAACACAAUGGAAACUCCCUGCCUCCUGUGGGACACCAGAGAACAAACUGUUAACUGCAAAAAGUGUAGCUACAAAGACAACAACAUCAUUUAGGUCAAUAGGGAUAAAGACACGGUAACCCUGCUGAUCGGGCUAUAGCUUUAUAAAACGAAUAGAUGUACAGUAGACAGGACAGUAGUAGACUCUCGGGUGUAAUUGGACGACGUCACUGUGUGUAAUGGGGGAGUGUAUGCUCGACCGUUAUGGUGAAGAUGGUUUUCCAAGUUGUGAAGGGUUUGACGAUUGGUCCACAUUCAGUUCUGCUGACUGGACUGAACCCCAGCAAGAUGACAAUGGGUUUUCAGACUGGGGUGCAUUCCAGGACAGAACCAGAGAAGAGGAAUCAUCAACCCUGUCUGGGGCAGGAGCAGGAACUUCUGAGUUUCCUGAAAACACAGAAAAUGGUGAUAAAGGGAAUCCAUGGUUUAUUUUUAAUGACUGCUUUCAAGUUGAGGAUGCCGAGAAAGAUCCUGUCAUGAUGGAAAUCCCUACAUUGUCUCUGCUACAGCAGAGCACAUUAGACAAGCCCUCUCAGUCUUCAGCGAUAUCAAGUGAAGCUGCAAAUUUCUGGUGUCAUCUACAGUCUGGGUCCAAAAUUCUCAGACUGUCAGGUCCCAAACCCAAACUACACUCCCAUGAAGGACUGCUCAAAUCCCUCCAGCUCAGACAGCCUGACGCAAGCGCUGACUCCCAGACCACUAAUCUUUUAGAUCUUGACCCAGAAGAUCUGGAAGAUCAUCCUGGAGCACUUAUUCAAACCAAGCUGAUGCCAUCAUCGCAGUGUCGGAAUGCACCAGGGUUCUUUUAUCAGAUCUCACGCCAGUGGCUCAGCCAGUACAACUUGAACCUGCUGCCCUACCAGAACAAGAAAGAUCCUCUGCAAUAAUCAACAUCACAUGUGUACACACACACACACACACACGCACACAAACUCUUACAGUUGCGCUGACACACAUUAUUUCAGAAAACCAAACCUGAAAGGUUUGUAAUUUAUUCGUAAAUUUAUUUAUUUGUUUCAUCAUUUUCUCGGCUGGUUGUUCCAAACACAUUUUAAAUGCACUGAAAUGAGCUACUAGUGCAUUCUUCAGAACAUCUCAGAAAAUCAAACAGGUUUGGAAGUAACCAAAAUGAUGACUUAAUACUACUGCCUGCAUUCAUGAAUGUGUAUGGAAACAAGCACAGGCAAGGUUUUCCAUGCACGUUCACAAAUACAUCCAAGUCUGUUACAAAGCAUGCUUGACAAAAGUACUUGUAUGCACACUAGCUCAGGAUGGAGUUCCUAACUUACUUGAUUUACACACGUUGCCACUGAUCUAACAUUAAAAGGGAGGCUUUUAACAUAAGCAGAACGAAACUAAUAAGUGCCUAAAAAGAACAAAAUCACUGUAAACUUAGUACAGGAAGUUAAUGCAGCCAUAUAUAUAUUCCACUGUCUGCUGCUGCCUAAGCUCACGGCUUACUGUUCUUAAAGCUACAUUGUUUUUAUUGUGAAUUGACAUUUGAAAUCUUUGAAUGCAUUUGGUAUAUUUAUGUUGGAAAUAUUUAAAAAAUAUUAUUUGAAUAAUAUAUGAAUAUACAGCUA